CAGUUGUUUGUUUUCCCUGUGGCAUGUGGCCAGUCCAGUCCAUCAGUUUGACCAAUUUCUUAAGCACUCACCGGACCAAGCCGACGCACAGAUGUUUCUCAAGCCGUACAGACCCAAGAGCAGUGCUGCCCUCAAGGGAUCCGAUAGCAAGAAGUUCCGGCAGCGCGUGGAGGCGGCCUUUCCCCAUGUCUCUGUGGAUCAGCUGGUGCCGGCAAAGGCGGCUGUGACCCAGGUGAAGAUCCUCACCCACGGCGGCGUCCAGAGCAUGGUCUACUGCGUGGACAAGCUGCCCUUGUUCUUCGAGCUGGAUGGUGGUCAACUGGUGCCCACGCUCUAUACCCUGUGGUCCAUUCCCGACAUCCUGCCCUAUUUCACCACCCACGAAGGCGUUCUUCCGAAGCUGACGAACGGAGCGGAUCUCAUGCUGCCCGGAGUGGUGCCCCUGGGCGUGGGAUUGAACAUGUACGGGCACUACAAGAAGGGACAAUUGAUGGCUGUAAACCUCACAAACAACAAAUCCGCGGUGGGUCUGGGCCAACUGGCUCGCUCCAGCGACGAUUUGUACAUGUGCGGAGGUCAUGGCGUGGCAAUCAAGAUGCUCCACCUCUUUGGGGAUAAGCUCUGGUCCCAUGAACCUAAUUUAGUUCAGCAAAUUCCGCUGGUAAGGACAAAGGCCUUGUCUGGGGAGGAUUUCCCUGCCCUUGGUUCUGAGACGGAAAGAAAGAAGCCGACUAAUUCUGCUGCUCCAGCUCCGGUGACCUUCGCUUCCGUAACUCAGACAGAGGAACUGGAAACAGGAACAGCUGCUCUGUCCUUAGAAAACCAGGAAACCCCGGAAUCCGAUGAUGAAGUCGAGGACGAAGCCUCACCCGAACUGAUUCUCAAGAAUGCCUUCUUAGCCGCCCUCAAGAAUAAUGGAAAAAAGCUGCCCCUGCCUCUGUUGACCAGUAACUUCUACAGACUCUAUGUGGUCACCGAGGCGCCGGAUCAAAUCGACCUGAAGAAGACGCGUUACAAAAAACUGUCCAACUUCCUGGCCGAGAUGGUGGAUCAGGGUUUCAUUGUGGUGCGAGAGGAGAGCAAGGGAGUGGAUAAGAUAAUAUCUGUGGAUCUGGAGCAUCCGGAAGUGGUGAACUUCAUAACCGAUGUCAAGGCGAACGAGGCGAAUGGAGCGGCGUCCGAGACGCCUCUAUUCCACUCCGAGCUGAAGGAGAUGUACAUAGUGACCGACGUGACGGCGGCCUUUUUCACCAAGCUGAACUUUAAGCGAGGCGAGGGAAUUCCAGCGGGUCAGAUCAAGAAGAUUGUGCGGGAGUACGUGAGUAAGCAUGGACUCAUGCAUCCGUUGACCAAGCUGGUUCGUCCGGACGAAACUCUGAUCGAGCUGUAUGGCAACAGGGAGGCCUCGCUGAGCGAGAUGUGCUCCCUGAUCACCAGCAAGAUGGAGCACUCCUACCAGAUGUGCAGCGGGAAGGACACGAGCGGCAAGCCCCUGAUCCAGAUGUCCCUGGCCACGCGAUCCGGCAAUAAGAAGGUGACGCUGGUCAGCAACAUAGAGGCGUACGGCAUCAUCCUGACCGAGUUCAUCAAGCUGUGCAAACAAGGAGCCGCUGCCAGCACCAGUGUGGUCAAACUUCCCCACCAGAAGCACGAGCAGCUGCAAAUCCAGGGCAACCAGGUGCGAUUCGUGCACACACUGCUCACGGAAACCUACAAGGUGCCGCCCAAGUGCAUCCUGGGCCUGGAGCUGGCCAAGGAUGGCAAGAAGAAUAAGAAGAAGUGAACCUGAUAAUAAACGAAGCCUUUGCCUGUC